CCUUCUUCAGCUCCUUAAAAACUUGAACAUUUACUCAGAAUCCAAACAUCAUUUUUUUUUUUAAUUUCUUUCAUUGUAGCUGUAAAAGAAAAAUGGAACCUCUCUGCUCAAAUUUUGAUCUCCUGAAAUCCUCAAGACCCACUUCGAUUCCACUUUUUUCAAAUCGAUUGUCGUGCUUAAAUCGUGGCAUUGUAAAAAAAUUAAGUGUGUCAUUGCCUUGUGCUUCAUAUAAUCAUGGCCCUAACCAGCAUCAAGCGGUUAAGACAGAGGCUCCUUUGCCACAAUCCAACGGUCCUGAUUUGAUCAAGUCAAUAACGAAAGGGUUUGUUGGUUUUGCUGCGGCGGCCACGGCUCUGGCCUCCGUUUGUUCUGAUUCUCCAGCUUUUGCGGGGUCCCUAACCGUCGCUUUUCCUGUUUCCCGCACUGAAGAGGUGAAUACAGUGCAAAGAACUCUUGUGGAAGCUUGGGGGUUGAUAAGGGAAACUUUUGUUGACCCAACAUAUAAUCAUCAAGACUGGGAUUUGAAGCUGCAGCAAACAAUGGUGGAAAUGUUUCCCUUGAAGUCAGCUGAUGCAGCAUAUGGUAAAAUCAGAGGAAUGCUUUCAACUCUUGGGGAUCCCUUCACUCGGAUUGUCAGUCCAAAGGAGUACCAAAGUUUUAGAAUUGGAAGUGAUGGAAAUUUGCAAGGAGUUGGCCUAUUCAUAAGUGUUGAACCAAAAACUGGUCAUUUGGUUGUUUUGUCUUGUGUAGACGGUAGCCCAGCUGCUCGUGCUGGUAUACAAGAGGGAGAUGAGUUGAUUGAAAUUAAUGGGCAGAGACUUGAUGGUGUCGAUAGUGAAGCAGCAGCCCUAAGGCUCAGAGGCCAAGCUGGAACAACGGUUACAGUAAAGCUCCACUUUGGAAAAGAUUCAGGAAGUGGUUCUUCUAUCAAGGAGGUCAAACUACCUCGUGAGUACAUUAGGCUUUCACCAAUAUCCAGUACUGUGAUCCCUCAUAGAACCCUAGAUGGGCGCCUAACAAAAACUGGUUAUGUGAAGCUGUCAACAUUCUCACAGAGUGCUGCUACUGAUAUGAAGAAUACAAUUCAUGAUAUGGAGAGCCAGGGUGUACAUUCAUACAUACUGGAUUUGCGGAACAACCCAGGAGGUCUAGUUAAAGCUGGACUUGAUGUUGCCCAGAUAUGGCUAGAAGGGAAUGAGACUCUUGUGAACACAAUUGAUCGUGAUGGGCAAUUGUCACCCAUCAACAUGGUGAAUGGCCAUGCUGUAACGCAUGAUCCUCUCAUUGUUCUUGUGAAUGAGGGAAGUGCAAGUGCUAGUGAGAUUUUGGCAGGUGCGCUACAUGACAAUGGUCGGGCUAUCCUUGUGGGCCACAAAACUUUUGGCAAAGGGAAAAUUCAGAGUGUGACAGAACUGCAUGACGGAUCUGCUCUCUUUGUUACGGUUGCAAAGUAUUUAUCACCUGCUCUUCAUGACAUAGAUCAGGUUGGCAUAAUGCCUGAUGUUCAAUGCACAACUGACAUGCUUACAUCACCCAAGGGAACAUUGAUGGAGAAAAGCUCAGUUUCAUCUCUGGAAGCUGAUUCUUGCAUCAUGGUAGCAGAGCAUGAGUUGGACAUUCAAGAGUCCAAAGGAACAGCUUCUUGAAAUGCAUAAUUGUGCAGGAAUCAAACUUUUAGGUCCUAGAAACAAGAUGUAUAUAUCCCAAAGGAAGAAAAUAAACUUUAUGUUGUAAUCACCUUGUACAUUUGAUUGUAACUUGUAUAUUGGUACGACUUAGAUUAAACAUUGCACUGCUCCUGCGACUUGCAUGAGCCAGGCCCAUAUGCUGGGGAAAGUAGCAAAAUCUAGGCAGAUGAUUUGUAUGCAUAAUUAACCACACAUUAAUGGGGAAAGAAGUCGUUUUCAUUU